AGAGCGCUGCGGGCGCCGCAGGCCUCGGCGUCGCUCGGCCGUGCCCAGGCCCCGGGCAGAAGCAGCGGCAGCCACAUCGCGGCGGCUCGGCUGACUGAGGUCGGGGCUUCCCAGAGAAGUCCCGCGCCCCGCCCGAGGUUCUUACCAUGUCUUUAAAUUCAUCUACACUUUUAAAUGAAGAAAACUCUCAAGGACUAAAAAGAAAUACUGAAUGUUUGGAAAGUCCAGAAUUGCAGACUCCAUCAUCGUUGCAAGAUAACCCACUUCAGCAAUUACAGUUAGCAUCGCAGGAAGUGCUUGAAAAGGCAAAAAAGAGUGGGAGAUCAAAGUGCCCACGCUGCAGUAGUUCAAGGAUGUUUUACUGUUAUACAUGUUUUGUUCCUGUUGAAACUGUCCCUACCAAAGAAAUUCCAGUUGUGAAGUUACCUUUGAAGAUUGACAUUAUUAAACACCCAAAUGAAACCGAUGGCAAAAGCACUGCUGUGCAUGCUAAGCUCCUAGCACCUGAUGAUGUUACAAUUUAUAAAUACCCUUGCAUUCCAGAAUACAAAGAAAAAAGGCAUGAAAUAGCACUUAUCUUUCCUGGCCCCAAUUCAAUUUCAGUGAGAGAUAUUGCUUUUCAUCUCCAAAAAUAUGUGAAGAAAGGUGUUUGUGACAAUGAUGAUGACUGUUCCAGAGAGCCGUUUCUUAAGCAAGCAAAAAUAGAACCUGAAGAAGAAAAAAAUCUAAAUGAACGCAUCUCAAGCAACAGGAGUGAAGGCACUAGACUGAAGAAAAUAAUAUUUAUUGACAGUACCUGGAAUCAAACUAACAAAAUAAUAACUGAUGAACGACUUCAAGGGCUGCUACAAAUUGAGUUGAAAACAAGAAAAACUUGCUUUUGGCGUCAUCAGAAGGGAAAGCCAGAUACAUACCUUUCCACAAUAGAAGCAAUUUAUUAUUUCCUUGUGGACUACCAUCAGGAGAUUUUGAAAGAGAACUACAAAGGACAAUAUGAUAAUCUGCUUUUUUUCUUUUCAUUUAUGUACACAUUGAUUAAAAAUGCUAAGUGUUGUGCAGGGAAAGAAUAAACCAAGAUGGCCAUCCAUAGGUGAGUAACAUGAUAUUUUGUUUCUUAUGUAAUGAUAAACUGCACAAAUGCAACUACUUUUUAUCUAUCUGAAAUCUGGAAAUAGAUUGUAUUCUUAAUAAUGUCUACAGUGUUGCUUCAAAUGUAAACGGAAGACUUCAUGCCUUGCACACAUAAGGCUGUGGAACUACUCAGGUGAGCAAUCCCAUUAGAAUUACUUAGUUGAAAACAGCUUUGCUUUCCUAAAUAUGCUGUGUUCGAAUUUACCGUCCUAAUCUGCUAGGCACAGUGAGAGGAUUGCCUGAGGUGGGGAUUGGAAGACUUGGCCCUCAUCCCAUAAAGGGUGAUCUCUCCAACUGUAAAAAAGAAUUGGCUCCUUUUUUUUUUUUUUUUUUUUUAAUUGCUCAGAUGAUUUCUGUGUGUUUUACCCAGUAAGACUAGCUUUACUUUCAUGACAUCAAAAACUUACUGAAAUGAUUAGGAUGGUAUUAAUUAGGGUGAAAAAGAAGACAAAAUGAAAGGCCACAUUAAUUGAGUGAAUGGCAUAUAAAUGAUAAACUUCAAGAUUACUUCUGGAAAAUUGUCCUAGUAAUAGAAAUGAGCUAUCUGUUUAAACAUCAUUGUACAGUUCAUGAUUUUUCUAAAGUACCAUUCACGUAUAUUUGUAUUAAGAUUAUCCUCAACUUCUUGAAUAAUUUUAGAUUUCUUCAAACAGAAAUGAAUUUCCUUACACCUUUUUAUUAUUUUUAUAUAAUAUGAUUGUUAUUUUUAGGAGCACUAACUUCUCUCAUUAUGGCAUAUCACAAACAGCGGAACUUUGUAAAUGCCACAUACUUGUGUAUUAGGCAGCCGAAAGGGCUAAUUGCACUGUUGGGGUUGUCUAAAAAUGCAGAUCUGUUUGCAGGACCUAAACCUAAGUAAUUUACAAAGAAGAGAAAUAAGAGAAGAGGUUUAUGACAGAUCUUCCUUACUUCAGGCAGACUAUGAAUCUACUGUUUUAUUUCUUUUGCAGUAAUAGUGGAGAUUUGCUCAGCAUAAGGAAGAUUUUGUCUGCAGCGAAUAAAUUUUUGCUGGUAUGUGUAGGGCUGUGCUGACAGAGCUGUCAUAUAUGGAUGUAAUUAUGUACGUAUGUCUUUGCCAAGCUAUACCAGUACAGGUUGUGCUGGCACAGAAAACAGACUUAGGCAAUAUCUUUACAAGCAGAGUUAUACAAAUCUAUUCACAUUAUACUAGGAUGUUCUGCCACAAAAUUUAUGUUGGUAAAAAAUUAUACUCUUAAAAAAACACUUAAGCUAGCAAAAACUCUUUAAGCACAGGUCCGAUAUAAGUAAAAUCGAUAAAUAUUUCUGAAUAUUUUCAAGUGUGUUACAGAAGAAAAAACCUGUAAAUCUUGUAAAAGUGACACAGAUUGAAAAAUUAUUAUAGAUUAUUUUUAAACAAAAACUCUGAAGCUUAUUUUUAUUGUAUAUUUUCCUCAACAAAUUUGGCUAAAUUAUUGUCUGUAAUGUACUGUCGAGGAGGGCACCCUCAUACCUGGGUGAGCACAGAAACAGUCCCUUGAAAACCACUUUAAGAAGUUGUUUAUAUACUUAUACAGAAAUCCAUACAGGCUCUAACAACUAAUUUGUACUGUGUCUGUUUGUACUGUGGUUUUUUUUCAUCAUCAAGAUAUUGAAUAAAUCAAAAUACAUAUUGCUUGAAACACAAA